CUCCAGGUAAUCUUUUGACUCAGUCCAGAGCCUGCUGCUCUCCACUCCCCUUUCAUUCUCAUUUACCAAAUAAAUUCCCGUGUAAAAACGUCAGAGUAACUUUCAUGUGCAUCGGCGCAAUAAACCAGGAAUUAAAUAAAUAGUCAGUGCAAUAGAACUAUAUAAAAUGGGCAGAUACAGAAGUCGAAGCAGAGAACGCGAACGUCGUAGGAGAUCUCGUAGUCGGUCUAGGAGUCGAUCUCCUCGUGACAGACGUGGUUGGGGCGGCGGAGGCGUCAGGGAUCGUGGAGGAGGCAAUCGAGGGGGCAGAAGUCAACCUGGAGCGAGCCUGAGGAAGCCCAGGUGGGACAUGGGGAGGUUGGAACCCUUCAAGAAGGACUUUUAUAUUCCAUGUGACACCGUCAUCCAUCGAGAUCCCAGGAUCAUCGAGCAAUACAGAAGUGAUAAGGAGAUCACCCUCAGGGGGAGGAAUAUUCCCAAUCCAGUCUUCACCUUUGAUGAGGCUGGAUUCCCUGAUUAUGUUCUCAAGGAGAUCAAGAGACAAGGAUUUAAGGAGCCAACAUCGAUUCAAGCCCAAGGCUGGCCUAUAGCCCUGAGUGGUCGUGACAUGGUUGGAAUAGCAUCAACGGGCUCUGGCAAAACCCUCUCCUACAUUCUCCCAGCAAUCGUCCACAUAAACAGUCAACCAAAAUUAGGGCGCAAAGAUGGACCCAUCGCUCUUGUCUUAGCACCAACCCGUGAGUUGGCUCAACAGAUCCAACAAGUUGCUGACGACUUUGGUCACACCUCGGGCAUCAGGAACACAUGUUUGUACGGUGGGGCACCGAAAGGGGCGCAGGCACGUGACCUCGAUGGUGGCGUUGAGAUUGUCAUAGCAACCCCUGGACGACUGCUGGAUUUCCUUGAGUCUGGCAGGACGAAUCUCAAGAGGUGCACGUAUUUGGUGCUGGAUGAGGCUGAUAGAAUGCUGGAUAUGGGCUUUGAACCGCAAAUCAGAAAGAUCAUUGAGCAGAUCAGGCCUGACAGACAGACACUCAUGUGGUCUGCCACUUGGCCAAAGGAGGUGAAGAAUCUUGCUGAGGAUUUCUUGAAAGAUUAUUCACAGAUCAAUGUUGGGUCCCUUCAGUUGUCUGCUAAUCACAAUAUUCUGCAGAUUAUCGAUGUUUGUGCGGAGUAUGAGAAGGAAAACAAACUCAGCACCCUCCUGAAGGAGAUAAUGGCCGAGCAGGAGAAUAAAACCAUUGUGUUUAUUGAAACAAAGCGCAGGGUCGAAGAAAUAAACCGUAAAAUGAAACGUGACGGGUGGCCAGCUGUUUGCAUUCACGGUGACAAAACCCAGCAAGAGAGAGAUUGGGUAUUACAAGAUUUCAGGUCUGGUAAAGCUCCAAUUCUUGUUGCAACUGAUGUAGCGGCACGAGGACUAGACGUUGAAGACGUCAAGUUUGUUAUAAACUUUGACUAUCCAUCCUGUUCUGAAGACUAUGUACAUCGAAUUGGACGUACUGGUCGUAGACAGAAGACAGGAACAGCAUAUACAUUUUUUACACCGAAUAAUUGCAACAAAGCGAAUGACCUAAUUCAAGUACUCAAGGAGGCCAAUCAAGUUAUUAAUCCAAAACUGUUGGAGCUUGCGGACAGUCGGGGCAGUAAUUACGGACGUCAAAGAGGGGGACGGAAUCGAUGGCGUGUGAGAGGUCCCCGAGGAGGUAAAGAUCGCAGUUACUCCAGGAGUCGGAGUCGCAGUUACAGUCGCGAGAGGAACGGUCGAGGGAAAAGAAGUUACAGUAGAAGUUAUUCGAGGAGUCGCAGUCCAGUUAACAAUCGUCUUGGGAAGGGAUCAAUCAGCCCUACGCCUGAAGUAAUUGGAAAAAGCUAUUGGAGUAGCGAGAGGUGAUGCUUCCGAGCCCUGAAGAGUCCCUACAUAACAGAGAAUGAAAACAAUCGAGCAUUUCUCCCAUCAGAUCAACCGAACAAAAUGAACAAAUGAAUAAAAAUCAUGUAGACUAAAUCUCAACUGACCCUUGCCGUAUGGCAAUGAACGAAUCCCCCUCGUUUUACAACACCGCCUCAAACUAUUAAUUCUCGGAUUAUUAUAAUUUUGUAUUGACCAGAGACAGUCCAGAAAUUAUGAUAACCAAUUUUCCAAGGAGUGGAAAAUUUUUAGUUUCAGUGUAAAUUAAUGCUUUGUGGUCUUUUUAUUGUUUUGGAUAAUUAUAAUUUUUUUUCUAUAUAAAUAUUUGUGACCCAUUCCCACUUAUUGAAAAACGAUGUACAGUAUUUAAUGUAAACUGUAACAAAUAAACAUUCGUUAGCUUAA